AUGUCCUUCGUCUCUACUCCUCGCACGCUUGCACGGCAACGCUGGAAUGCACCCAGACUUGCAGCUGAAGUGCGAGCUUCUGUGGAUAAAACGGACAUAACUGCCGACGAAUACGGACAACUCUUUGGAGAUCAGAAGCAUUUUCAGAAUGUUGUAUGGAUGAUGUUUUUUCCAUCAUAAUUGAGACCAUUGAGACCCUCUUCUAAGCUGGUGCCCUUGUUUUUUCCUUAAAACUCGAUACCUGAAGAACGAGUGCUGUCUUGAUUCUCUGGCUAGAUGGAAAAAGCGCCACUCUUCAUAGGCAGAAUAUCUGGAGUUUGAGCCAGACAUCUAUCGAAAACGAUUUCGCAUCCCCUGUAAGGAUUUCUUCCGGGACCUGCUGAACCCUUUCUACCUUGUCUUAUGAUUCAUCUAUGUCCAUGAUGGUCUUAGAUUUGGCAGGAGUGAGUGCUGAGACUUACCCCAGGACUACUGCUAGCAACGCUGAUUAAUAUGACAAACUUACUCCUGCCUAGACGCAGUUAUAGGCGUACUAGUAGACGCUCUGCUGGCUCUCUCACCGUCAUUACGCGCUAACGCUAAGAAAAACGCAUGGCUAAGCCUAUCAUGACAGGCAUCACCUUAUCAGAUUUAUAUUUGAAAAAGCGUUUUUUUCUGGUCACCUUAAGAUGAAUAGAAAAAAACUUUUCCUUGUUCUGUUCCUCUAAUUUGCAACCGCAGGUACCCGCUUCGAUUCCCGGUCUUGUUUUUGAAGCUGCACCAAAGCGAUUUUUUCAAGUACUUUCUGGCGAUUUUUACCCUAAUCAGCCUACCACUCGACACAACUUGGACACUACUGGAAAAGGCUUGGUGGGAAGGGAGAGUGGCGACGGUACUUUUCGUAAAUUAAUAAGUAGGUAGUACGUAGUACUACAAGAACUGGUUAUUUACAUUCAUAAUAAGUGGAAGUCCUCCUGAACUACAAGUGGUCCUACUUGGGUAUGGUGAUGGUCCUAAUAUUGUGGAAGAGAACCGGCGAACCAAUCAUACCUCUACGGACGAUGAUAGCGCCGGCGCUUAAUUAGUUUAUUUACGAGAUAGGAGGACACUUGAUGAUAACUACCCUUUUCUCUUUUCUAUCUUCCUUCUUUUUUCUAGUAUCAUAGAAAUGCUGUGGUCAGACCACGUCUCUACGGUCAUCAUGAACGAUGGUAACAGGGACAGUUGCAUGCAUCUAGUUACAGUUAGGUCUCUAAGAAAUAAUUUAUCCGUAUACAACCUCUAAGAAAUAAUUUGGAUUGUCUUUAAGUUGCAGUUGCACUUCUUUGGCCUUAUCCUCUUGUACAGUUCCUCCCAGAGAUCCUGGACGAGAUCGCGGCAGUGGGGCCACCGCAUGUGAAGACUGAUAUAGAAGAAGGCAUCGCACUGGAGACGUCAGUUAAGAUUAAGCAUACUUAACUAAGUAAUCUAAAUCUAAAGUAGAAUGAAGUACUAGUACUACAAGUUGGCCCUUUGACGAGUAGGGUCCCGUUCUAGGCCACUUCUUUCACAUAAUUGUACGUGGUAUUAGAGAAGGCUCUAACCGGAUCGAUUGGUGGCACCUUUAUCGACCAGGUGUCACAGAAAUCGCUUGGGAGCCCUUGAUAUGGCUGUUUUUGAAGCAGUUUUGCGCAAUUUACUCUGUGCACUGGCUCUGUAAAUUCAGUCUGGUCUAUCCCGGACAAGGAGAUGACGAAACCACGGAUGAGGAUGAUGAUGAUGAUGAGCAAGUUAAGUUUGUCACUAGUAUCCCAUGUGGUUGUGGAGGAUGUGGAUGUCCUUUUGUGUGUGUUUUUUUUCUAGUUAGGAAGGGGGGCUCCACAAGCAAUAUUCAAUGUGGAGUAUGCUGAGUAGAGUCCCCUUGAUUUCAAUCUGAGACUAAUGGGGUAUGCUGAGUAGAGUCUCCUUGAUUUCAAUCUGAAACUAUUAAUAGGGAAGGCAGGACAUCGGCAACGGCAUCUCUUCACUCAACCAGGGAUAGUGAAAAACUAGCGCUAAGCAAGGCCAACGUGAGGCGUUUUUUCGGGACUACAACUAUUCUACCUCUUACAACCGCAACUUCAAAAGUACAAGCAGAGGUAGAGGUACAUCUUCAAGAGAAAGGGGAAGAGGUAGCAACAAUUAAGGCUCGGCGUAAUUCAUCUUAAGGAGCAUCUUACUUUGGUCCGUUUUUUCAGGGUAAAACAUGUCAAGAAAGUAGAUCCUCUUGAAGAUGAGUAUAAGCAAGGUCUAAAACUACAGUCUUCAACGUUUACGAUCAUCUUCCGAGCAGUCUGAAAGCCGAGUCCCUGAAGCAGAAGAUGUAGAACUCCAAGAAAGAAGGACAACAGUUGAAAACGCGCAGAUUUACUUUUAUCGUGAGACUCCGGAAGAUCAGGGUGUUGACUAUGAUAAUGAUGAAGAUGAUAGGCAGAAUCUACGUCCUCCCACGCGACCACGAACGACCUCCAAUGAACAGAUCGGCGGUAGCGAGAGUAGCAGCUCACGUCGGCAAUCACAGACAGUCCCAUUGCUGGCGUCGGUGGAGAGCAUGGUUGUCUCAUCAAGAUCCAGAUCUUCGCGGUCAAGUGAGCAAAACGACGCUGUAGUUCAGAGUAAUGAAACCUUUGCUGGUCCUGAUGAUGCUGAAGUAGUAGAUGACCCUGCACCUUUACCUGGACAGCCAGUUGGAGAGCCUGCUCCACCAGAGCCAAGUACACAGCCAAAUGCUCACACCAGAACUCAAGCUCAAGGUCAGCGUGGUCGCUCAGUCGCUUCUCCCUUCGGGCUUAUAGGCCUGCUCUUUGGCGUACCUGACCGCCACAGGGAAAUAGUUAAGGAUGAGAAGCUACAGUUACAGACACAGACUAGGAUAUUACAGUUGCAGACUAGGAUACUCCAUGUUCUGCGAUAACACGUUCUAGGAGAUCGAUAUGCACGAUCGUAAAAAAAUCCAACUAACCUUGAUAGCCUUACAACAACCAUUUCCCUCCCCGUCAUCUAAGAAAUAAGGAUUUGCAAACCACGGGGAACUCAACGUCUUCGAGCGUAUCCAGCGUAGUCGAUGGGCGAGAAGAGUGGCCCUGUUCCUAGGCAUCGGCGACCCUAUGGUAAUCGUGCCAGAACUCUUCCUUUUUUGGCUCUUGGGUCUAGCUUAUCUCUACACUAUGACAGCAUUUUGCGUGUACCGAAUGGCGGCGCUUCACUGGACAGUAGGAGUGCUGCGGAUUUUGAUCUUAUGAAGGACUGUAUCUGUAGACAUAUUUAUCUGUUCUAUAAUGUGGUGCUGCGUGCUGUACUCCUUCGUUAUAAUUUUCUUAGCAACACUAACAUCCUACAACUACUUCUAGAUGACUUCUUAUACUUGUUGAGUUCUUGAAUAAGUAACUUGAUAUUCUCCUACAAUCUGAUAUUCUCUUCCUUCUCCUCCACCCUUUGGCAAGAACUUCUAAAUUCCUAUCUUCUUUCUGCCUAUCACUGGUGGCUCACGCGCGUGCUCUUUAUUGCGAUGUUUCUACGUGGUGCUGUUCCCAGGCGUGAUGGCGUUGCCCCGAAAGUGGUUCUGGUUCUUUCGAUAUUGUCUUGGUUUACAGAGUGCCAGUUCCUGAGAACGAUUUUGGUUAUCGAUUUCCGAGAUCGAAACAUGGUCCUGCCUGCACUACUGUUCUAUCCGUGGCUGUUGUUAUGAGCAGGAGCAGAUGACUUGUUGAUUUCAUUCUCAAAACAAGUUGUUUUGAGAAUGAAAUCAUGUUUGCAUAUCCACCAUAUUACUUGAUUUGUCACGUGGACCACGUGACGGGUUCGCAAAUGAAGGAAUGAGUGAAUUUAUCUUCAUGCACAUCAUUGGAUGUUGUAUGGAGGACCCUAGGUAGAAGAUGGUUGGCCCGAACGUCAUUAUGUUAACCAUCGUAAUGUCGUCGUUUCAUGAUCACUUCUUGUCGACAUCGAGAAGAUCAUCGUAUUUGAACGAUUAGACGAGGAUAUACUUAUUAGGCCAUAUUAGAAACAAUGACUUCUAUUUAAGUAAACAAUGACUUCCACUUCUUAUUAGAAAAAACAACCACUUCUAACAUUUGCCUUCAUCGGAUGCGGGUACAAUGCUUUACUCCUCCUUGCCUGCUAUUUGUCUUUGCGACGGCGAAACUAUAGGCAGGAAGAAGACAUCACGACAGCUGGCGCGAUGACACUAGGAAGACGGUCAGAGAACUUGACGACAGCUGGCGCGAUGACACUAGGAAGACGAUCUUCGCAUCAACAUGAGGAUGACAUGUAUCAAUACAAUGGGAACGGGGAUUAUGAAACGAAAAAGUGAGCUCACACUCAAGAAAUUGGCUAGGAUUUAAGUAGGAAAAUAGCCACUUUUUUGAGUGUGAGUGCACUUUUUUCUUUCAUAGGGAUGACGUGUUACCUCGACGUACAUCUUCACGAGGAUCAUCAUCUUCCUUCAGAACGCCAGGUAGAACCUCUAGACAAGAAGAGGUUGGAAAAAUCGGUUACGACCGGAGGAGAUCCUCGAGAACAUCAAGGUUUCCAAGAAACACGGCAAAGCUACAGCUUCCACCUGGUGCUACUGUUGGUCAGACACGUCUUGAGCUUACUUUUCGGCGAAAGUAUUUCCCCACUCUACUAGCGCAGCUCUCGGUCGUCUCCAUCGGAGUACUAGCUGGAAUGACGCUUUUGCUGAUGUACUCCAAGAUGUAUAGAGUAGCUGCGGACCCUUCAGCACCCAGUUUUGUUAAGCCCUCACUAUUAAUCCAGCUUUUGGUUCAUCUUUAUCUGUAAUUUUUUUUAAGUAUUUCCUCAAUAGAGGAAAUACAGAUCUUAGAAAGUCCUAGGUUCACCUUAUUUUUAUUUAAGUAUCUCCUCAAAACACGUACUUAAGUAGGAAAAUGGACAAUACAGAUGUGGCACAAGAUGGAUAAGCAUAGUUGUCGUGAAUUCUAAUUUUGGUUUCGGGCAGGGUUACGAAAUUGGCUUAAGCUUCUGUCUCAGGGGAACUCUAGCUGUCUUUCUGAUAGUAAUUUCAGCGCGAGUGGAGUCUAUUUCUGGGUUAGGCGAUGACAAUAUCUUCAGAGGAGGUGCGGAAGAUAAGAAGCAGGUUGCGGAAGGUCGAAAUGUUAUGAACGAUGAUGCACAACGACAAGCACAUGCAUUUGCUGAAGCGUUUUUGUGGGGGCAUUUGAUUGAAUCAAUAGCUCUACUACCUCUGACCGUGUCUCUCCAUCGUUGUAAUAUAUUGUAGCUUUUUUUCGUACAUAGGAUCAAUUCAAUCUGUUCAAUGAAGCUACUACUACUGGUGGCUCAGCAAGGGUACACUACUACUACUACUAGUACUAAGCUUGUUGACUUCCUUCAAGUUCAAAUGUAGUUACCACAAGAAGAGGCACUUCUUUGUCCUCCACCUCGCAGCUCUAAUUCGAAUGAAGAACAUUUGGAUUACCUAUGGAGUGGCACUGAUUCCAUUAUCACACUACCAGCUGUGCCGAGGCCACGUCCUGAAAGACCACGUUCUGAGGGAGAAGCAGCUGCAUCGGAACCACAGCAAGGGAACGAAAUAGAAAAGCAGGAGUCCACCUCACAACAGGGAGACCACCUCGUACAUCUUCGCGGACAACAAUCCGAGCAAGCAUCAGCUAGACGACGGAAAUUUGAAGCUGCGAGAAUGAAGGCUGGAGAGGAAAGAAGACAAAGAAUCGGCGAAAAGUUCGAAAGCCUGCGAGACGGCCCACGACGGGAGCUUAACUUCGUGGACACAGAAGAAGAUGACCAAGACGAGGAAGAGGAAUCUCCCAACGACGAAGACGGACUUUCUAGUGGUUCUGAAGACUCACGGAACGUCGUGAUGCGUGGUGCUACUUCCCCUUCUCUUGAACCGGAUAUGGUUCUCGCGGUCGUAAUAUUCGUCCUUACCUUUUUGUUACGGCUUAACGAGCGGAGUACUCCUCUGCACAGAUGCAGUCAGUUUCUUUCUUUGAAGUGAAAUAGUUUCUUGAAUUCUAAGGCCAAUGUGAUUGUUACGGCUUGUCCUAUAUUCACAUUCACCCGGUAGUGAGCUGGUUCAGCAGAAUAUCAACAAAUUUAUCGUGUUUUGUCUUACACAGUAGAGGUCCUGCUCUAAUAUCAAGUCGAUUUUUCUUUGAGCUGCUACCUGCCUUGCUCAGUGGACCGACGGAUGCGGGAAUGCUUAUCCUGAAGCAUGUGAUUUCUCUGUUAAGGCGAUGGAUUCUUCUCUUUCCAGGCAACAGGUCAAACUGUGGCCGGCGAGCCGCAACUCCUAUCCUAUUGCUAAUUAGACAAUCUUCUACACCCCAAGAUUGGGUACACUACUACUACUACUACUACUACUACUACUACUACUACUAUCUUCCUUCUAACGUUUGCCCUCUAUGUGGGCGUCUUUCUCUUCACAGUUCGAGUUUUAGAUCGACCGGGACCGAAGCAGCGACAGCCGGUUAUCUGGUAUCUUCUUGCGCUCGCCUUUUUCGCCAUCCUCUUUUCAGACAGUUUCCGCCGAAACGCAUGCGUCGAAGUGGAAUCUGCAUUGGCCGUUUUAGACAGUGCCAAUAAUUUCUUAGACAAAAGCACUAAUGGUGGUGGCAGGCCAGGUAUCCCAGGUCCUACCCAACAACAACAGCAACAACCACAAGGCGGGAACGCUGGUGGAGGAAGUGAAGAACAGCCAGCGAGUAAUGGAGGAGAUGAAGCUUCAUCGCCUGCCCAAUCCCAACCGCAAGAAGGCACAUCUCCCGUAGUAUCCAGUGGAUUGGACAAUCCUUUUCUGGUGGCAGCCACAAUGGCGACACAGCAAAAAGGGGGUCAAGAAAAAACAAAUCCAUUUCAGGUGGACAUAUUUCAACGUGGAGCAAGAGCGAGAGGAAGAGUGCUUCUAGGUCGUGAAAGCAGUACAAUAGCACUAACGGCGCAACAACUACCACGAAGUGGAGGAGAAGAUCCGCUACGACAAGGACAACAGAACCAGCAGGUCGUGGAGGGUCAGGUAGAGGCACAGGAGGGCGAGCCACGACUUCGAGCACAGGAUUCGCAAAUUAUUGAUUCCUUGUCCCCAAGAACUACUUCAUCAAAGCAAGGCCCUCCUCAAGGGACUACACUAGAACAAGGCGGCUUAGGCUAUGAGUCUAGACACAGAGGACUUCAAGCGGAACUAUUCCCACUGAAUACAACUUCAUCUAGAGGACACAGAGGACUUCAAGUAGGAGGAGGUGGUGGCCCUAGUAGUCCUAAUCAGCCUCCGCAAGGACCACAGGGUCCUGCUGCGCAACCACCAGGUGCUCCAGGUGCUCAACCAGCUGAAGGAGGUGCAUCUCCAGGUUCUCAACCACCAGGUGCUCCAGGUGCUCAACCAGCUGAAGGAGGUGGUGCUCCAGGUGCCCUGCAACCACCAGGUGCUCAACCAGCUGAAGGAGGUGCAUCUCCAGGUGCUCAACCACCAGGUGCUCAACCAGCUGAAGGAGGUGGAGCUCCAGGUGCUCAACCACCAGGUGCUCAACCACCAGGUUCUCAACCAGCUGAGGGAGGUGCAUCUCCAGGUGCUCAGCAACCACCAGCAACUGUUCGUAUUAAGGCUCGAUUCGCUUUGGCAUGAGAUGUUGAAGAUGAUGUCUUAUUUACGAUGUCUUAUUAUAUACACAAUGAGCGAGUAGAUGGUCGUAGGUGCAAUCCGAAUCGACAGUAACAUCAUCAGAUGGUUUGUGGUUGAUAAUGAACUACAGAAGAUGAUAUCUUGGAGUCUAUUUUCAGAGCAAUUCAUUUCCGUGUCCAUUGUUAAACGACCUCGUCUAAUAAUCCGGUUCUUGAUGAAGUGCCACCUCUGGUAUCCAUAGGCGGGAGGCGACCUCUCUACGUUGCGCGGUUCGUCCGGUGUUGUGAUUAUCCAUUAUGGCUACGAAGAAGCAACAAGAUCAAGAAACUUGAGUCCUUUGUUAAGUACUUAGAGGAAAGGACUCCAUUUGUUCCAGUCCACUAAUUUUUCUAGUUCUAAAUUAGUUCUACUGUUAGUAAUUGUUCUACAGCUACCAGGAGCUGCGCUUCCAUACUCGUUCUGGGAAAAUAAGAGCUGUCAUGGUUGUUCUUGAGUUGCCAUUGCGUAUACCAGAGUUGUAACUAAUUAUUCGCCCUUCACUGACUCUCCCAAAAAUAUUAAUAUUUCCAUCAUCCGGCUCAAACAAGAUGACUUCUAUCUGAAAUAAACUACUUUAAGUUGAAUUACAACAGUAGCCCUCUUCAAAUACUUUUACUUACAUUUAUCUCCAGAAGAACAAGUUCAUGCUCUAAAACGCGGCCUCCAUUUUGUGCCGAAUUUUUUUCCACCUGCCGCUCAAGCAGUAUGUGAAGGAUGGGGGCAGAGGACACAACAAACAUCACAAGCUCUGGCGAAACGGCUUAUGGGAUAUCAAGACGUUGCGGAGUUACAUACAAGGAAGAAACAAGUUGCUGCAGCUUUUGUUAUGGUGAAGGUAGUAGAUUCUCAGUAGGGAAGAGCCAAGUUCUUGAAGCUUUUGUGGGCUCAUAUUCUUGUUACUUAUACUUGUUAGGUGGACCUCAACAAUGUCUACGUUCUUCAUGAUAUCAUUCAUCACUUCUGAAGAUGUAGUGACUUCGUUGGCGUCUCAUACACUGGUUUCUCCCGCGUCCGCCAAUAGCAUUACUUACGUACACAAUAAAUGAAGGAAGAUAAACACGCUUACACGAUCUUAGGCAGCUCGCCGAAUAGAUUCAAAUCAUCAAACACGCUUACAACUGACGACAGAAAAUCCUAGGAGGUGGCAAUCAUCCGUGUCCCAUUCUAAUGAGGCGUCAAAGGUUAGGGAAGCUGAAGCAGCCGACGCUGAUUCUUAUGGCUUUGACAGUGAACGUUUCGACGCAUUUUUUACGCAGAUUGAGGUCCGAUGAGUCCUUUACAGUGAUGAACGUCAAUAUUCUUAGACUGAAGAUUCUGUUUGACGAUAUCAUAGCAAAGUGCUACUAGUUCUGAAAACUACUUCUAGAACAAUCCAAGGAAUAUUGAGCUCGAUCUUCGACGUAGUUGUCUGUGAAUGUGAGUUGGAUCUUCAUCUUCACCCACUUCUAAAGUACCAUCAUCGCGCAAUAUCAAGAUCAAGUAAGGGAGUUGAUGGAAGCAGGGAUCACUCCGGAGCUGCAGGACUUACUACAAGGAGGCGAUAUCGCUCCGGGACCUCGGUUCUUGGAACUUUUUCUCUUCCUGAUCGCCUUUCUGUUGGUCUCGAAGAAACUUUUGCCUGACAAGAGGAGGUAA